AGGAAAGGAAAGUCCAGACCCAUCUCCUCCUCCACCUCCACACUCACUCUCUCCUUUAUCCAAUAGCCAAAUCAAUUCGCUCUCUAUAUAUUCUCUCCCCCUCCUCUUCUCUCUUCUAUAACAAAAAGAAUGGCCCUUUCUCUCUCCAAAACCUACCUAACCAAAGCUCCGUCUAGGUCCCUCCCUCGUCUGCUGGCCUUGCGCGCCCAAUCUAAUCUUCCUUCUCACCCCAACAACGUUGACCUAUCCGAUGAUUCCUCUUCCUCCACCGACCCUUUGCUUCGGAAGCUUGAGGAUGCCAUCCACCGGAUUAUCGUCCGUCGCGCUGCACCCGAUUGGCUCCCUUUUCUUCCCGGUUCCUCUUACUGGGUCCCACCUCCUAGAUCCACUGCUGGAUCCCUUGGGAUUGCCCAAUUGGUUGAGAAGUUGGCCAAUCCGUUGACCGAUGAGGAGUCGCUCUCUACAACAACCGUCAGAGGUUGGCCUUCCUCUGAUUAUUUCGUCAAAGGUGCACCUCCAAGUUCAAUAGAUUUGAAGCAGGCAGAAGCAGAGAAGACAAACUCCAACAAUGUGUCUAAAUCUGAAGACGAGGAAGGAUGAGUUUUCUUCCCAAAAAAGGAGCAUCUGGGCUCAUCCGGACUUGUAAAUUUUAAGUAGAAGCGAAAAGUCAAAAGAAGUGGAAUUUACCAACUGGAUGAAAAUCAGAUCAAUUGGAGGAGCUUUGCAGAUGCAACAUGGUGAGGUAGCAGUAAUUUACCAAGAUGAAUGCUACCCUUCAAAAAUGUAUUUUUAACGGGCGUUUGUUGAAGUGAAGACAUUGCUUGCGAUCAUGUUAUAUUUAUUAGUACCCUAUAUAGUCUCUGCUGAAUAUUUCUUUUCUGAUUUGUAGUCCUGAUCUCUAGCUUGUACCUGUAUAUAUGCUUUCAAUAAUAAUAGCAAGGUGUUUUAGCUCUA